CCAUAUUGCGGUGCGCGAACAUAGUUGCCAAAAGUAGAAAAAAAAUAAAUUACUAGCGUACUGUCAACAUUAAAAACAUAAGUUACUGAAGAAAUUACAUUUAAAAUUUGAAUUUGCCGCCUAUUACGAAUAUUUUUGAAAAUUUUAAAAUGGUAAAUGAAAAUGAAUUCAAAAAAUAGGUUUAGUUUGUUUGUUUAUAGAAUCAGAGAGAGAGAGAGUAAACAAAUACAGGAUAGCAAGGAUCAAUCAUUUAGUAACUUUUGUUUUUAAUGUUGACAGCCCGCUAGUAAUUUUUGUUUUCUUCUUUUGGCAACUAUGUUCGCGCACCCCAAUAUGGCGUCCAAACAAAAGGUCAAUUGACUGUUCUGACCAAAAGUAUUCUGACAUUACUUUGAUGUCAUUCGUUGUCAAACAUCUUCAUUUUCGUUUUUUAUUUCAUCAUGGAAGAACGCGAUCAACUUUCAAAUUCUCCGUUUCCACACAAUUCGUCACAUUAUGAUGAGUAUGGGGAUAUUGCAAAUGAAGCAGGCGACAGAUUUUCUGAUGCCAUUAUGUCCGUAGAAACCUCAAAAUCUUCAAUAAAAUAUUCAGGCGACGCCCGCAGUGAAAUUUCAGUAACCACUAGCAUUUUGGAUGACGAUAAUGAACUUAAGAACAUGAGAAAAAAAUUGGAGGAAUACGAGUAUAAAGUGAAAUUUUUAGAGGACGAAAAUGAACAAAUCAAUGAAGGACUUCAAAACGAAAGAAAACGUACCGCGAAAUUGGAACAAAAGCUCCAAUUUGUCAAAGACAACCAGGAAGUAUUCAUGAGGCUUAAGGAAGCUUACAUAAAUAUGAAAUACAAUGAAGCGGCUGGUAGGAAAAUUAAAGAAAUCAGAGAGAAAGGAGUGCAAACUUGGAAAGAAACCAUUUGCAGUUCAUGCUUGGAAAGUGAGGAAUUACGAAAGCAAAUCGAAAUUACGCUACAAAAGUAUAGUGAAUUAUUUGUCGUGUCACCGGGUGAGAUGGAGCAUUUGAUGAACACAGUGAAAUAUCUAAAGGAUUUGAUUGAUCGUCGUGAAGAAACUUGGGCUUUUAACUUGGUAAGGGAAAAUAAGCUGCAAGGCCAGGUUGCGCUGUUAGAAGAGGAAAAUGCCAAGCUACGCAGAGCCAUUGCCAAACUAGAGCUGAAUGAAGAAAUCCCUAAUGAAUUUUUAGAGGAUUUCAAGCUGGAGCAAAACCUCUCAGAAGAAAGGAAAUUUGAGGAAAUGCAAAAGUUAGUCGAGGGAUUAUCGAAGGAAUUGGAAAAACUGAAGAAGAUUAUUAUCAAAUAUGAGAAGAGAUAUAGGGAGACAAAAGAACGUUAUCCAGGUCAUACUAAUAAUCCGUUAAAUGAAAAAGAAACUAAACUUGUGAACCAAAUCCUAAUGAGAUAUACUGGUAAGUCUCAGCUAAAAAAGAACCAAGAUGAACCUACGGAUGGUAGCAGAAGCCCUUCGAUGGUGUCCGAAAGAAACCGACCGAUGAGUCGUCACAGACCUUUCAGUCCAAUGACAAGCAGCGGCAGCCGGGACAGACCAAAAUCUGAGAGGCCAAAAUCUGGUUCCCGUCAUGAGAGAAAUGCUGACAGCGCUAUAAUGAUGAUGGACUGUUUAUUUGAAUAAUAAAAAAAACAAAAUCUCACAAGUUCUGGGCAUUUAAUUGCAAUUUGUGCAAAUGUAUACGAAAUAACCAUUGGAAAUAAAAAUAUUGAUGUAA